UUAACUUCCUUGUUUGGAAUGGACAUAUUUGUUGAAGUUUAAACCCUGUAUUUGGCAGGAAUAUGGCAUCAAAUUUUGAAUUAUCAAUUCAGAGGGGCUGUGAUUUCAUCCAUGAUUUUGCCUGUUCUCCUUGUGAAGAAGAUGGACUGAACACGGAAGCUCAACAUUUCUGCUCACAGUGCACGAAACAUUACUGCGAUAAUUGUGUCCCCGUUCACAACAAACUGUACAAGAGACACACGGUGCUCGAUCGGAAGGACGUGAAGAAAUGGGUGGCGACACCAGGGACGGUGGGCACCCUGGAGAGAUGUGAGAGGCACCCUGAGGAGGAACUGAAGCUCCUAUGCAUCGACCAUGAUCAGCUGUGUUGUCAUCUGUGCGUUGCCGUGGAUCAUAGACAUUGUUCUUCGAUAAAACACAUUACAGAUGUUGCAAAGGGUAUCCGCAAACAUCCCGAAUUCCGCCAGCUUCCUCAAAAGGUGUCUGCUCUUAGAAAGCAGCUGAACGAUAUGAAAGAUACAAGAAAGAAAAAUGGGACGUCACUCAGGAAGACAAGAGCAGCCAUUUUUGACGAAAUCAAAGCAAUUCGUAAACAAAUCAACGACAUUCUUGACAGGAUAGAGAAAACAUCUGUACUGGAGUUGGACCGUCUGAUAGCUAAACAUGAAAAGUCCAUCAACAAAGACAUAGAAACCAGCACACAGAUAAACGAUGCUUUAAAGAGCAUUAUGGAUGCGAUUCAAAUCAACGAUUCAUCAGGCGAGCCGUCCCUAUACAUUGGGUUCAGAAAAUGUGAAGAAAACAUAAAACAAGCAAACGAGAUGCUGAAGAACAUGUCAGAUGUUGUAAAAUACAAUAUAACGUUUCAUAAAUAUAAUGAGUUAGAGGACAAUUUGUCCUCAUUGAAGACAUUUGGAGAGUUAAAUGAAUCAUUAAUAUUCACCCAUACUCAUGUAUUUGGAACUCAAGGUUGCAAGGAGUACAACAUGAAGACAAGUUUAGACAGACGCGAUUGUUUGAUUUGCGACAUGUGUGAUUUGCCUGGUGGAGAGAUUGUCAUCACAGACAACGGGAAUUCUACGGUUAAACUCCUCGACCAGGAGUACCGAGUUGUCGAUAACUGUGACGUUCCCGAGCAUCCACAGGGUUUGUGCCACAUAACCGGGAAGGAAGUGGCCGUAUGUGUAAACAAUCUUGACGACCGAUGUGAGCUUUAUUUCAUGACUGUUACAAAAGGAAAACUAGUGAUAAAAAGGAAGUUAAGUUUCACUCAUAGAUGUUAUGCCUCAGCUUACCAUGAGGAUAAGCUCUACAUCUCAGACAACACUGCCCUGUACGUGUACACCAUGUUGGGACAGCUGACAAAGAAGCUGUACGAGGACAAGUCCGGUGAUUACACGGUGCAGCGAAUUUCCAUCAGUAACGAUGCGAUCUACAUAACUAACCGUUCUAAACACCAACUAUCGAUCCGAGACAUCCCCGGCAACAAAUUGGUCACAUUCACUGAUCCUGACUUGAGGGGACCUUACGGAGUACAAGUGACACCUGCUGGACACCUAUUUGUCUGCUGUUUUGAUACUAACACAGUGAUGCAGGUUGACAAGGAUGGGAAGGGGAAGAUGGCCAUACUUGCCAGAGAAGUAGACGGUCCUUACGCUUUAUUCUUCAACAGCCGCACUUCAUCCCUGGUUGUUGGCGGAGAGAAAGAUACGCUUCUCGUCAUCAAAUUACAGUAGACUCUCAAAAGACAACCAACGAACUAAUAAUUUAAAGAAAUAAGAAUUCAUUGAAAUUUAACGUGAAGAAUAUUUCAUUUUUUAAACAUUUUAAAGACAUGUGAUCCUUCCCAUCAGUCAGACUACAGUUACGCUGGUUAGUGCAUUCAUACGUGAGCAAAAAACUAUGGUUGUCCUAAAAGAGUGUAUAAUUUGUAAGUAAGUUCACUUUGCAAAAAAUAACAUAUAUACAUGUGUUUGCGAAAAUCAAAAACUAAUGAACAUAACGUAUAACUUUAUUAUAGCUUUGAACUUUUUUGUGAAGGGGGAAGUUACCCAAACUGGUCAGGGUAGCAGACAUAUUAUAUGGACCUCUCGCUUUAUUCUUCCGCAACUAUACGAGAAAUGUGAUGUUAAGACCUUUUUGUAAUCAUUAUUAGACAUGUGAUUCUUGUCAAUGUAAGAACAAAACUAAAGUUUUGGUACAGUUGCUUUAAAUUAAAGAAAAAUAUAUAAAGCUUAUAUUUACGUAAAUCUUAUCUAAUACUAUUCCAAAAUAACAUCUUAACAUCCCUUGUUUGACACAUAGAUUGGUAUUUAAAUUUUAAACUUUCUUUUAUGUAUUUUGUGCAAAAAGAAUAUCUGAACAUAAAUUUUAUUAUCAUUUCAUUUUAAAAAUCUGUCAAAAUAUUGUACAGAUAUUAUAACAGGUAUAGGUGUUUAUUAGGUGUGUUCUGAUUUAGACACUUGGAUUAAAUACCUAAUUAUUUUCUGGUUUUAUUUUACACUAAAAACAAACAAAAAAUAGGGGUUUUGUAGAGAAUCGUAUCCAGAUAUUCCAAAAUGAAUCUACGCUUAAUAUUUCACGUACUGUUAAAAUACAUAAUAAUACAGGUAGAAGGAUUUAUAUAUUUUUAGACAUUUAAUAGAAUUGGGAGGAAACGGUUUGUUUUCAUUUUGAUGCUAGAGUGUUUGGUUAAAUGUUUUUGAAUUAUUCCUAUGAUGGUUUAAUGUGCUAAGUUUCAAGAUAUUUGUGUGGACACUUUAGACGUAUAAUUAAUGAUUGAUUGACAUAUCAAAGAUUGGCCAUAAUUAACUUUUUUCAGGAAAGAUAAAUUCAAACAAUUUAAUACACACAUACUUUCUCAUUUAAAUUAUUGCGAUAAUUUGCUCUAAUCAAAAGCUUAAAGCUGUCUGUCUGUCUUAAAGCUGCACUCUCAUUAAUUGAACGUUUCGACAACUGUUUUAUUUUUUGUCUUAAAACGAGCCAAUUAAUGCGAAAAUCCAUGGAAACCAGUCAUAUAAGACUGCUGACAAAAAAUCGCAGACUUUUGUAUUUAAGUUAUUUUUUAUAUAUAUUUAAGCAAUUUUCUUAAACCACUAGUAACGUUUUUAGCCAUAAGGCAUUUUCGAACGAAAAUAUGAAAAUCUGCGAUCUGAUCUUUUGUCAGCAGUCUUUUAUCACUGGUUUGCAGAUAUUUACGCAAUGAAUUGCUCAUUCCAAGACAAAAAAGUUGUUAAAACGGUAAAUCUGUGACAGUGCAGCUUUAAACCACGUAUUAAACCUAGAUUUUUUACCUGGAAAACAAUAAAGUAAACGCUUUAAUCAACCACACAUCCUACUUGAUGUCGUGUCUUUGGCUGUCAAUAUAACGGCAUCAUGUCCUUUUAGAUAUAUAAGACGUCGCUUUACAAAAUAUCAAUCGAUGUACGUAAAAAGAGGUAUUUUUUUUAUACCAAAUGUAUAAUUUUGUUAAACGUUGCUGUACCAAAUAAAAGCGAUAUUUUGGAGUGUUCGCCCUAUAAACUAUAUUUGUACAGGCAACAUCUUUGACCGACCUCCACAUAAUUAUGAAAACGUUUUAUCUGUAAUUUUGACCGAGAUCCGAGAUUUUUGAAAUGCACUGAAUAAUAUGCAACCACUGUAACAAAUUUGAGCUAUAUUCCAUAUACUUAUUAUUGUAAAAAUGAUAUGACAUUUCUAGCUAUGGAAAUAUGUCAAUAAUGAACCGUGUCUGAGCAAAAUUAGAGUAUUUAUUAUUUUAUUAUAAUUUCAAUUUUAAUUUUGACGCAACACAUAUUUUGAAAUGAUAAAGUGCUUCAGCAGAAUACUCAUGUAAGUUUGUGUGAUUGUUUGUUCUAUUCUUUAUUAUUAAAAUCCAUACAAUAUUC